AUGCAUAGUAUGAACGAAGGUGUCCCUACUUCAUCAUUUCCUGAUACAAGAUUCAGAGACAGACUGAAGAUGAAUCAUCAGACUGGAGAUCUCACCAUCACAAACAUCACAACUAAAGACUCUGGACUUUAUGAACUAAACAGCUACCACCAACAGAUUCCCUUAUCCAGAUUCAAUGUUAUUGUCUAUGUGGCUUCUCUGCCCGUUCCUGUCAUCACCAGAGACUCUUGUUCAAGCUCAAAAUGUGUGUUGUUGUGUUCAGUGUUGAAUGUGAGAGAUGUGAGUCUGUCCUGGUACAAAGGAAACAGUUUAUUGUCCAGCAUCAGUGUGUCUGAUCUCAACAUCAUCAUCAGCAUCUCUCUUCAUCUGAAGUGUCUGGAUGAAUCAUACAGCUGUGUGGCGAACAACCCCUUCACAAAUCAAACUCAACAUCUCAACAUCACUGAUGUCUGUCAGUCGUGUUCAGACUCUGUCAAUUCUUGUGCUACGACUGAAGCUGUGAUCCGAUUGGUCGUCUCUGCUCUGGUGGGCGUGGCUGCUGUAGCUGCUGUUGUUGUUUUGAUUUAUGACAUCAGAUCCAGAAGAGAUGAACAGAAGAGAAGAUCAUAGACAUCAACAUCAGAUUCUCACUCAUCAAUCACAUCUGAAAGGCUCAAAUCCAGGUGUUUAAAGA